GGGGUCUGUUGCAGUGGCAGAGGGGAGACUCCCAGAGACAGCGGUCUGCCGCCGCCGCAGCCAGCCCAGAGAGGCGGCCCGGCUUGAAGAACAGUAGCCUGCGGCAGUGCCCGCGCUUCAAUCAGCGUCAUGGCAGGCCGUCCCUCCUCCGGAAAGGAGGCCCUGUGGUCCAAGGAUGACCCCAACUCCAUGGAAGCCUACGGCGACGACCCAGAUGUCCGACAGGACGAGCCAAAGGGAUGCUGGGGCUCCUUCACAAACUGUAUUGGAGGCAUGUGGACCACGCGCCAGAUGACACACACUACCGACCGGGAGAUCGUGGUGCGGACCACUCUGAGAGAGCUGGUUGUCUACCUCGUGUUCCUGAUCAUACUGUGUAUCCUGACGUUUGGUAUGACAUCGCCCACCAUGUACUACUACACCAAGGUUCUAUCGGAACUUUUCCUCGACACACCUUAUCCCGACACAAGGAACACAUUCAGAGGAUCCACGCAGGUCAUGGACUUCUGGCGGUUCGUGGAAGGACCCAUGAUGGACGGUUUAUACUGGGACGCCUGGUACGAUCACGCUCGUACCAGUGUCAACAAACACGAACAGAACAUCCUCUACGAGAACAGGAUGCUCGGAGUGCCUCGGAUGAGACAGCUGCGGGUGCGAGACGACUCGUGCAACGUUCACGAGACAUUCGCUGGUGCCAUCAACAAGUGUUACAGCGUAUACUCGGAGAGCAUUGAGGACAAGACGUCGUUCGGCCCGCGCAACGGCACGGCAUGGAACUACUACUCUCAGUCGGAGCUCAAGUCGCAGUCCGUCUGGGGCAUGAUCAGCACCUACUCCGGAGCCGGCUCCUACGUGGACUUGUCUCACAGCCGCAAUGCCACCAUCGAGAUUCUGUCCAGCCUGAGGCGGAACCUGUGGAUCGGACGAGGUACGCGGGCCGUCUUCAUCGACUUCACCGUCUACAAUGCCAACAUCAACCUCUUCUGCGUCAUCAGGCUGAUCUUCGAGUUCCCUGCGACCGGCGGUAUGAUCCCGUCAUCCUCGUUCCGCACGGUGAAGCUGCUGCGGUACGUCACGCCGUUCGACUACUUCGUCAUGGCCUGCGAGUGGAUCUUCGCCUUCUUCGUCCUCUACUACAUCGUCGAAGAGGUGCUGGAGGUGCGGAAGAUGAAGUGCGCCUACUUCAAGUCCGUCUGGAACAUCCUCGACAUUCUGGUGAUAGGUAUCGCCACCCUGUGCAUCGCCUUCUCCGUCUACCGCACCAACUCGGUGGACGACAAGCUGGAGUCGCUGCUGAAAGACGGUGUGCAGUAUGCCAACUUCGAGCAGCUCGGCUUUUACCAGACCCAGUUUAACUCGGCUGUGGCCAUGUGCGUGUUCUUCGCCUGGAUCAAGCUGUUCAAGUACAUCAGCUUCAACAAGACCAUGACGCAGCUGAGCAGCACCCUCUCCAGGUGCGCCAAAGACGUAAUGGGUUUCGCCAUCAUGUUCUUCAUCGUGUUCUUCGCCUUCGCCCAGCUCGGCUACCUGCUCUUCGGCACUCAGGUCCGCGACUUCAGCAGCUUCGGUAACGCCACCUUCACCCUGCUACGUACCAUCCUCGGUGACUUCAACUUCCACGAGAUCGAGGCGGCCAACCGGGUGCUCGGACCCAUCUUCUUCCUGGCCUACGUGUUCUUCGUGUUCUUCGUGCUGAUGAACAUGUUCCUCGCCAUCAUUAACGACACCUAUAGCGAGGUGAAGAACGAAAUCUCGGCGCAGAAGAACGAGUUCGAGAUCGCCGACUACUUCAAACGCGGCUACAACAACAUGAUGGGCAAGCUGGGUCGUCGUGACAAGGUCAUUGACAUCCAGAAUGCCCUGAAGCUGGCCGAGGCGGAUAAAGACGGAGAGAUCAGCUUUGACGAGAUCAGGAAGAACCUGAAGAAAUGCAACUUCUCAGACAUCGAAAUCGAGAUGUUCUUCUCGCGCUAUGACCGCGACGGAAGCCGAACUCUGGGUGGUGACGAGCACCAGAGGAUGAUGGCGGACCUCGAGGACGAGAAGAACCACCUCGACAGUCAGCUCGGACGCCCCAGCUCUGGCCGCAGGUCUCGUCCUGGAUCUGCGUUCGUUGGCGGUGGUGUGCCUCAUGAGGAGUUCAUGUCCCUGAAGAACCGCGUGGACCGCAUGGAGCACAGCAUCGGCUCCAUCGUCUCCAAGAUCGACGCCGUCCUCAUCAAGCUGGAGGGCAUGGAGAAGGGCAAGCCGUCGCAGCGCAAGGACAGCGUCGCCAGCCGCGCCCUUUCCAAGAUGGACGACGUCGCGCCUUCUCCAGUCCGUGAACCAAAGAAGGAUGCAGUCGACAAGUUGGUUCAGGAAGAGCUGGACAACUUCGACUAGACUCGUCAGAUUAAAAUGACGGCAACAUCAUCCGCCCGAAGGAGAGAGUAGAAAGGAGAGAGGCGAGGAGGAGGAGAGAGAAGAGAGGAGUGAGCUCGUCCCGUCGCGUCCGAGGCGGCGCAUUUGCGACCCGCGCGCGCAUGCCUACCUGCACCCCACUGGCCCAGCCGGUACCGAUAGUUGCACCUCCAACGCGCAACCCAGUCUCUCAAACGCAGCGCAACUAUCGGUACGGUCCCGCCCACCGGGUCAUCCCGAGAUCAGCUGAUUUCGCAGUCAGCUGUUGCCGAUGACCCCGCGGUCGCGCGGUGGUGGGGAGGGUAGGUAGAGAGGGCUCGCGCGGGCCGCCUGACGUGACGAGUCGCGCGCACGCGCGGUGACCCCGCGCCGCCUCGGUCGCCACGCGAGCGACAUCUACGGUCACGUGACAUCAUGACCUAUAUCAGCGGUACUAAAAUCUGACCCCGCUAUCAGAAGACACGAGAAGAAAACCAAAACAUCGGAAAUACCCCAAGCAGAAAUGCGCGUGCGGGAAGCAUCCCGAGCAUAUUUCUGCUAAACAAAGCGUUGUUGAAGUUUGGCAUUGUUUUGGCGAUCUGACUUGUGUUCGAUUUUCUGCUCGUUGUGAUAUUUGAGCAGUAGUGAGUUGUUUUUCGCUCCGGCGUUGUCAGGGACCCGAAUAUGUCUACGGAUAAUGUCGAAUACGGUAACCCGGUCCCGUGGGCAUAUUUGUGGUCCCCGCUCGCCCGCUGGGGCUUCGUCGCAAUAAAGCCAGCACAUUC